AUUCCGGCCCCGCCCACGCCGCUCGGGACUCCAGCUCGCUUUCCCUCCCGUCGGCCGCGCGACCCCCGCGCCUCGCCGCGCGCCAUGGCCCGCCUGCUGGUGCUGCUGGGCCCGGCGGCCAGGAUCGGUGCCGGGGCCGGGCCUCACGCCUCCUGGCUCCUGGGCGCCGCGGCCCCCUGCGCCCCGCCGUCCCUGUUCCUGCCGCCGUUCCGACAGGGGCCGCACGCCCGUCUGCUGUGCGCAGCCCGCGGGGACUCCGGCGGCCGCCAGAACCCCAGCAAAACCACUGCGACAGCAGUGAGCGGCAUCAGGGAUACAGAGGAGAGAAAGCAGAGCAAGUCCCAGCAGCUGAAGAAGGUUUUUCAAGAAUACGGAGCUGUCGGCGUGUCCGUGCACAUUGGAAUCUCACUGGUCUCCCUGGGCAUGUUUUACAUGGUGGUCUCGAGUGGUGUGGACAUGUCUGCCAUCCUGCUGAAGCUCGGUGUUAAGGAGUCGUUGGUUCAGUCAAAAAUGGCCGCGGGCACAAGCACCUUCGUGGUGGCCUACGCCAUCCACAAGCUGUUCGCGCCCGUCAGAAUCAGCAUCACCUUGGUGUCCGUGCCCUUGCUGGUCAGUUCACCAUCUUUGGUCGAUGAGCAGAUGACGUUGGCAGCUAGAAACAGCAUGUAACUCUGCAUGUUAGGAGGCACACAGAACUUGAGACCAAAAAUGGGACAGACCUGCUCAUUUCCAGGCCAACAGUGAACAGGUGAAGUCACCCCCAUACUCCAGACCCGUGUGUGUUUAUGUUUCCAGUUUACACAUAUGAUGUAACUCCAGUGUAAUAGAAAAAUAAGCCCCUAGGUGUGCCAUGGAGCCAGUUGAUAGGGAGCACAGAAAGACGCCUCCUCCAGCUGCGCCAAAGGGGCUUCCACUUUUAUAAGCUGCAGUGAACCCUAGUCAAGCCCAGAUCCCUCUUUGGGGGAAAAUGAGGGAUCCUAGUUAAGGGAACAUUCCUUCACCAGAGAAUCCAGACAAACCACACUUGGAAAGUCAGCUUGCAAAGAACCAGCUCACCCAUGUAUGGGGCUCUUUGCCAUCCUGCCAAGACCAGGGCAGAGCCCCGAGGUGGGCAGGCAGGGAUGUGGAUGCUCCUGACUCCCCCUAUCUCCUGACCACCCACAGCACUGGCUCAGCCCUCCUCCGCUCAGCCCGUGCCAGCCCAGGAGCACCACUUCUGUGACUUCUGCUGAGUGACUGUCAGUGCAUCCACAGAAUGAGGACCACCAAGGAGUCAGCUCUGUGAGCUGGGCUGUCACUGAGCACUGCACUGCAUGUCCACUGACUAGAAAAGGAAUGAACACUCCAUAGCACAUGGCAGUGAAGGAUGAAGGGAGGGCGUACCAUCUGCCACAAGGUCACAGCCAUAGCUCCCCACUUCUGUGCCAUGUUUCCCGCCAUCCCCCUUCAGCAGCAGGGACUUCUCACCACACCAGCCUCCAACCUUUAAAUCCUCCCUGUCCUUCCGGUCUCAGAUGCCACUUUGUCUGGGCACCUCUCCCAACUUCUAAUUACCCCAUCACAAUCUGCCCUCCCCCCACCUCACCCCACCAUGGUCAGUGGCCAUCCUCCCAGCUGUGUCCCUCGCUGCUGCAACUGAGAGAAUGGAAGUGCUCACAGGCCAGCCCAGUUCCAGAACCUCAGCCUGGAUAGCACAGCCCCGCACAGACCUCUCUGCCUAACCCUCCACCCUCACCCGUCCCAGGCCUCGCCCAGCAAUGCUCAAAGGAUCCACUGUAAGCUCCUGAAAAACACUACAAUUUCAAGGUUAUACAUGAGAACUUGAAAAAGAGUAACCAUUCUGUAUAUGUCUUAAUGUAUUUAUAAAAACAAUAUAUAAACCACGGAAAACAUUUUUUUAAAGCACUUAACAUUGAGAACUGGCUGAGAUGCUUCUUCACUGUGUUCCUGUUUCUCUCAGGCAGGAUGAGUGGUUGAGGGGGACUAAGCAACAGGCCCAACAGGGGAAACAGAGCAUCCAAAAGGGACAGAGUCUAUGCAUAUCUCUUUAUUUAAACAUUUAAAAGAAUCACAUAUUCAUUCUGACAACUUUACCAGGUGAGGCCACCCGGCAGGUUACACACCCACUCGGGCACCUGGGAGGUUAUUGCACGGCUCCUGAACUGAUCGGGUCGGGACAAAGGUGCCAUCUGCCCACAACCAACUCGGAGGUCACGUUCCACAAGGACCCUUACUCCACACGGGCUGCAGGGCGGCUGCACUUGCAUUUGCCUCCAGAGGAUGAAACAAGUGAAGCGAUCACGAAUCUCAUGGCUGCUUGCACUUCAGGGUCAUGUUUAUUGAAGUAGAACUUUCUAUACUUUUUCCUAGUGCUGCGGAUUGCGAGCAGGCAGUCAGUAGUAGAUUAUGUCAGGAGUGUGUUUCUGACCAAUGACACAGCAACCCUGGCUCAGAGACUCUCCCCCUGCAAGACUUAAGAGUGCUUGCUGGUUGAUUCUUUAGGUUUUGGGCUACUUGAUGGUUUUGAGGAGUUUGCUGUGAUCCAGGGGUGUUCCAAUACUUCUUUCAGGGUCAGCCUUUGGUUGGGGUUAUGCUUCAACAGUCUUGAAAUCAGGUCCCUGGCCCCCUCUGGUACAAAGUCAGGGAAUGUGAAUUCAACCUGGAGUACAAGUGACAGACAGUCACAAAACGUGGUUUAGAGAGAACAGAACAAACAUUCAGACCGUAGCCUCAAAGGCUGAAAAGGACAGGAAGGGUUCUAACAGGUGCUGGAUCCCUCCCAGUUGUGUCUUACCCGAGAUAUCCUUUUGUAGGUCUCUUGGUAUGUGCUUGCCUCAAAAGGAGGCUUCCCAACUAGAAAUUCAUAGCAAAGAACUCCAAGGCUCCAGAGGUCCACCUUCUCAUCAUGCAUUCGGCCCUCGAUCAUCUCCGGGGGCAGGUAGUCCAGGGUGCCACACAGGGUGGUUCUCCUGGAAACAGGGAGGUGCAGGUUGACGCGCUCGUUUCCAUGAUCACAGCCGCUGCUAAAAUCACCAACUGCACUACCUCUGACUGAGUGCUCUUCCUAGGCAGAUCCUGUGCUCGGAGACAGGUGCUGUUAUAAAUCCCCAUAUCGCUCACCUGACAUGCUCUGAGCAGUCAGGUGAGCGAUCAACUGCAAUUCAGCAUCUUUAUGUGUCAGUGAGUUUCCAAAGGCUGGAAAUAAGCUGGUGGUGGCAGACAAACCUGUUGAUGUUUGUUGCUUUACAUUAAUAUUCUUUGCCACGGAAAAGCUUAUGCUGAGUCAUGCCUGAAGCCCAGCCAGCACACAAGUGUUCACUCAACUAAAUGGUGACUGGAGAUGAAGGAGCCAGCUCGCCAGACAGUCAGCCCCUCUCAUCAGCACUGAGAUGAGGCAAACGGCACCCAAUGACUGGGAACCCUUCUGCUUACUAAUGUCUGGGAGGGAGGGCGAAGUGACCAUCAACAUUUACACAAAUGUCCUUUACAGAAAAGGGUAAGUUAUCUUUCCCGCCACAGUGAUAUCACUGGAUAGUUAUGGUGUAGUUUUGUAGCACAAAGCCUACAAUUCUUCAUUGUUUGCCUCAGCAGGUGCCAACAGCAUCCAGUGGUGAUAGACAACCAGGUUUUUUAAAAAGCAGAUUCGGUGCAUUGCUAGAAACAAUUUACAAGUGGGGGGUAAUAAAAACAAAGCUCACCCCAUCCCAUGGUACCUAUUUAAACUAUACAAUUUCUUUUAAAAACUAGAUUUUUUUUUAAUUAAAAAAAAAUAAAAUAAAAAAUUCCAAAGAACUGUUUUAAGUAAUCUGGCUCUAAUUUUUAAGCCCUACCCCAAAGUGGACUAACUUCUAUGAGUAAAUAUAUGCUUGUAAAUGUUCUACUUCACAUGUGGUUUCAAAAGCUUAUUUAAACUCAAAUUAAAUUUAAAAGAGUAUAGAACUUUGCUCUGGUUUGCAAAGUUCACUUAAGAUUUAAAUUGUUUCCUUAGGUUGAUCUCUCUGCUUUAAUUUUAAGAGAAAAACAAGAAAGGACUGUUCUGUUGAUGACAGCAGACCAAAGAGCAUCUUUAACCCCCGCCCUGAAAGUUCCUGCCAAACCCAUUUGGUUGUUGGAGUUCCCGCAGCUGCCCUCAGAUCCAGACCUUGGCAGCUGCUACCCCAGAGAACUUGUCAUAGUAUGUCAGGCGGACUCCCCUCUACACAUCCUGUACCUCUUCUCUGUCCUACACCUGUCCUAUCUGUUUACUUACCUGUCUCAUGCAUUAGCUGUUAAGGACAUAAACUGUCUUUAUCCCAGGCCUAGGACACAACAAAUAGUCUAAGUGGUUGCAGAAUUAAAAUGUCCUGGAAGACACUAUUUUCUAUCGGGGCAUAAAUUACUCCAAAGUAUUAUGCCAAUGACCUGUCCCAAUUGAGCACAGCACCUAUGGUUAGUACUUUACUAUCUAGCUCAUGCUUGGCCACUGGGGCUUUUGCUAACCCCAACAAGUUCCCCCUAAAGUUACAUACCUGGAGGAUGGGGCGUGUACGGACCACCCAAAGUCUGCAAUCUUAAGCUCUCCAGUUGAUCCGAGGAGCAGAUUUUCUGGCUUGAUGUCUCUAUGAAUAACUCUCUUUGAGUGGCAGUAUGAUAAGGCAUUUGUCAAUUCUGUGAUAUACUAUCAAAAAAGUAUUAAAAUUGGUGUUUUAGAGUUCAUAUAACAAGUUAAUUUUAGACAUCUUUUCUGAAAGAAAACCCAACAUAGACUUUUAACAUGUUUUGUAGAUUUUAAAGCAAAAGCUAGAACCAAUUGAUGACUCA